AUGUCCUCCGCCGCAACGGCGAGCACAUCACAUCGACACUGGUCGUCAUCACGAUCAUCCACAUCACGGCUGACACGCGCCGUUUCAAAAUCAGCCCUCCUCCUCACUGCCGCCAUACCUCUUGCAAAUGCAUCCAUCGCCAACUUCCCCAGCAUCGACUUUGAUCUCCUUGGUGCCGUCAGCAUCGCAGGCUCCUUCGCAGGCAUCGAGCUCUGGAACCAGACCGGCUCUUCUGCGAGCCCAAAUGCCACCUACAAUCCAGCAGCAUCUUCCCUGCUCUCUCGCGCCAACAAUGGCACCGUCUCCUUCAUCAGCGCCACCGAACAGGGUGGCACCAUCCGUGCCAUCUGCCAGAUGCAGUCGUCCCCCAAUACUGUCUUUGUCGCUGGCAACUUCUUCUCCAUAGGCGGCACGUCCGUCAGCAACAUUGCCUCGUACGAUCCUCGUUCCAACACGUUCCACGACAUGGCUGGCGGUCUCGAUGGCGUCGUACAAGCCUUGUAUUGUGACAAUGAGCAUCAGCAGCUCAUCGUCGGCGGUUCUUUCACUGCACCCGUGAACGGCGCCACCGAUCGAUACCUUGGCAACGUGGCUCAGUGGGACGUAGCAGCAUCCGCAUGGAAUCCAGUUGACUUUGGCGGUCUCGACGGCGCCGUCAACACAAUCACGCAAGGUGGCAACAACUCGCUCAUCCGCUUCGGAGGCAGCUUCGACACGCGCUUUGCUUCCAUGGGUGCCAACGGCAUGACCUCAGGCACCAACACCUCGGCAUCCUCGCUCACAGCUGCCCUCACUCCAUUCUCUCUGGGUCAAGUUGAAUUCGUCGGCGGGCCCAGCUCCAACCAGGCCGGCUUCAACAACCCAGCCCAGAUCCUGUGUCCACAGGGCGCCGACGGCUCCGGCAACUCGUACCUGUUCGAAGAUGGUGUUGACGGCCGACUCACCGCGCGUGCUUUCCGCGCACUCAACGUGCGUGCCAUCCGACUAGGAAACACCUUUGUCGACGGUCGCGGAACGCGCACAUUCGGCAUCGUCUCGAUUCCCGACAACACGGAGCUCGAACUCAUUUACCUCGACCCGGCCACCAAUCAGAACGCCACCUGCACCACCAACUGUACUCUAGCGCACGAUGCAUCCCUUCCUUAUCAGGACUUCUUGAUAGCAGAUACCCCCGCCAACAAUGCGCCAGGCGGCAUCAAGCAGCUCACCGGCAUCCAAUUCACCGCCACAGAAUACUACGGCGCCGGUGCCGGUCUGCACAUCCUCGAGCUGCUCUCCGAGGGGGGCUGGGCGUACGCCUACAAUGCUUUGAAUCGUGGUGCCUGCAACUCGGAUCAGAGCGGCGUCAACGGUACCGACUCGUCCGCCACCAACCAGGGCGGCUGGUAUCCGAGCACCAUCAACACGCUCGCCGGCACCGUCGAGCCAGUGUUGGCCUACACGGACUCGUAUUCGAACCUGCAAUCUGCCGCCUCGUCCGCCACCGUCACCUUCUCCGUCGACAUCCCCGUCAACGGGAAUUAUACCAUCAACAUGUUUGUGCCCGGGUGCCAGGCAAGUGGGCAGUGCGGACAGCGCACUGACGUCCAGGCCAACGUGUUUGCCGUUAAAGGCUCGCAAGGCAACCUCACGCGCGUCUCGCAAACCAAUCAAGACGAUCGCACCGUUCAGAUCUACAGCGGUGAAGUCAACAAGGCCGCUCAGGGCUUCCAGCCUACCGUGGUGCUUUCCAUCCCCUCCGAUGCACCCGCACCUUCUGGCGGUGGCGACUUUACUGUCAUCGCCGACAAGGUGAGCUUCUUGUUGCGCGACAGCAACGAGACGCUUCAGAUGAGCCGCUCCACCGGAUUCGGCGUCUUUGAGUACAACCUCUUCGACUCGGCCGUUUCGGCGAUUCAGGGCAACGGCACCGGCACCCUGCCCAACACCACCAUGACGGAUCUAGAUGCCUUUGCAGCUACGCUCUACGCCAACGGUGUGCGCAGCAAUGCCAGCGACACGGCCGUCUCUGCCGUAGCUUCGGUCGGAUCGCGCACCUUUGUUGGCGGAUCCUUCACAUCGAGUGGCAACGUCAGCUUUGCCAAUAUUGCCGGCUUCUCUCAGGAUUCGGCCGGUAGGACUCCCAUCGAAGUCGCCAACGGAGGUCUCAACGGUCCAGUCGCGGCUCUGGCCAGCUUGGGAAAUGCUCUGUAUGCGGGUGGAAGCUUUACGAGCACUGCCGACAGCGCCGUCGCUGCUUCUUACAUUGCUCGCUAUGAUCCGGACGCCAAUACAUGGACCGCUCUCGGAGGAGGUCCCGAUGGCGCUGUCUCUGACAUCUACCCUCUCGGUCCCGACGCUAUACUGGUUGCCGGCACGUUUGCGACUGUCAAUGGCACCGGUCAGAGCGGCGGGUACGCCGUCUGGAAUUCGACCGCCAACGCCUGGCAGACACAGUCCAGCUUUGUGUCGGCAGAGAUGACGGCCGCCUUUGCAGACUAUGCCUCGAGCACGCAGCAGAGCUUCCUCGCCGGAAGCGUCCGUGCGCUGAGUCUGCAGUCUGCCUCGGGUGCCGCUCAGAUGCGUGCCCCUGACCAGUCGGGCAACCUGCCGAUCAUCGAGUCGCUCAACUUUCAAUUUGCCACACCUUCCGGCUCUUCCGCAUCAGCAUCGUCGUCUGCCGGUCUCGCGCGCAGGCUCAGCGUCAACAGUGCACGACAGCAGCAGCAGCAGCAGCUCCAACAGAGACAAACGCAAGAGCGAAUUCACGUUCAAAAGCGUGCUUCGAGCUCGGGUCUCGGCUCCAAGCUGCUUUCGGUGCUUCCGAGGUCACCAUUGGGAGGCGCCCACGUCGAUGCACCCUCUGCACCUGCAUCUUCGUUGACAAGGCGUGCUGCCGUCAUGACACCCGCCUCGCUCAUGUCGACUGGCCAGAACGAGAUCCUCGCCAGCACAUUUUGGCAGCGAAACGACGGAUCGUUCGUCAACAUCCUUGGCGGCAACUUCACGACCACGUCGGGCAUUCGCAACUUGGCUUUCUACGACGACUCGACCAACGCCGCUACGGCCUUCCCUGUGCCGCCCACCACCACCAAUCAGCAGUUCAUCUCGGUGGUGCGCUCGUUGCUCGUCGACUCGGACAUCCUGUACGUCGGCGGUGACGAAGGCUUCGAGGCGUACGAUCUCAAGAAGGCAAGCUGGCUCACCAACGGUGCUCCGCUCUCCGCCAGCUCCGGCCAGGUGCUUUCGGUCACUGCCAUCGACCACCGACCCGACUCUACGCAGCUCGUCGUCUCUGGCAGCUUUGCGUCCGCUGGCUCGCUCCCAUGUGCCAACGUCUGUCUCUGGGACACCAACGGCAUGCGCUGGAGUCCUCUGAGCGCUGGUCUGAGCGGUCAGAUCUCGGCCAUCGACUUUGCCGGUAGCAAGGCCAAUCUGCUCAUCCUUGCCGGCUCCAUGACGGUCAAUGGUGCCGAAGCCUCGCUGGUCAGCUACAACUUUGACACGCAGAUGUGGUCCAGCUUGGGCAGUGUCGGUGGCGGCUCCAAUCAGAUUCCUGGACCGGCCACCGCGGUGAGUGUCGACGAUCUCGAUGCCAACGCCAUCUUUGUCGCUGGACGUACGGCCGACGGAAGCGCUCCGUAUCUAGUCAGGUGGGACGGCACGCAGUACACCGCGGUCGGCACCGGUCAGUUCCUACCAGCUACAGGCAUCUCGCAGUUGACCUUUGUGCCCAUCUCCAAAGCACACCCUAGCAACCAGAUCCUGGAGGACAACCGACUGCUCGUGGUGAGCGGCGCGUUGACGACCCAAGAUUACGGCAAUAUCUCGAGCGUCUUCUUCGAUGGUCAAAGCUAUUCGCCCUUCUUGCUGGCCACCAACCAGGACGGUUCUUCCGGUAUUGUGCGUGCUUUCACUCGAUCCACCGAAGUGCUGCAAUUCCCUAACCUGCACCACCUUGCCGUGGGUCUUGUGAUUCUCAUCUCGAUUGCCAUCGGACUCGGGAUCGUGUUUCUGCUGGUGCUGCUGGGCCUCAUCUGGGCUGUUGCGAGACGACGACCCGAGUCGCGCGACGUGGACGUUCCGCUGUCCGGCAGCGACGAGUCGCUCGGCAUUGGCGAAAAGAAGCGCCCCUCAAGCCUGUUGGCUACGCUCAAUGCAGCCACCGAGAAUGCCAUGCUUGGCGAGCACGGCGGCAACGCAGCCACUGCUGCCGGCAUCGGAGCUGCAGCCGGUCUUGGUGGAGGAGCUGCAGCGGCAGCAGCGGCUUCGCGUCACCGCGGGCAGGAGCCAUACCAGCAAGAGCAGCGCGAGAUGGGCGAUGAAGCGGGCCAGUCCAACUACCACAGCGACGGCGGCCGCACUGGUCAGAGCGCUCACACCCAGUACCACACGGACGACGGCUUUUCGGCUGCCGAGGCUGGCAUGGCUACCGGCAUGCUCGGUGCUGCUGGUGCGGCCCCAGCGGCCGCGGCUGGCUUUGGCGGCGACGACGAGGACUCGCCCAUGGAGGGCAUCCCUGCCCAUGCUCGUUAUGACUUUGUGCCAAACCAUGAGUCGGAGCUUCCGCUGACGGCGGGCGAACCCAUCGAGGUUCUGGACGACCAGGACCCUCACUGGUGGCUGGCAAGGAACACGCAGGGACAGACCGGCGUCGUUCCCAGCGCGUAUGUGAUGUGA